AUGGCGCACGAGAUCCCCUUCAGGGCCGGCUCAUCAUCAACCGGCAAUGAAUACAUGCAGUCAACCGGAGCGAGCAGCCAAGACUCAACGUGGGAAGUGGAACGAGAACACGAACAAACCAGCGAGCGCAUCAGCAUAGCCACCACGCUCUCUUGCUUUCAGUGUCGGGCUCGUAAGGCGAAAUGCGAUCGGUUGAAGCCCAACUGCAGCCGCUGCGUGCGACUUGGAGAUGAAUGUGUGUUCCCAAACUCGCGACAGAGGCGACCCGCGCGAAAAACGAGUACUGCUGUCACAUUGGAGACCCGAAGUGGCCUGCCAGACAUCGUACUAAAUGAUCCCGUAUCCCUUGGUGAUGAAGCCGGACUUGAUAUGGACUGGACCCAGGAUGCAACAAACGUCAGACACUCGACUUUCUACGGGCCCGCGUCCGAUGGAGCCCCUUUCAUCCAACCAGCUGCCAUGGCGUCUCAGGAGGUGCCAUUCGCAGCACACGAAUUAAUUGGACUUGGCCAGUUUGAGCAGCUUCCGCCCAGCCACUUGACCGAACGACUGGUUGGUAUUUAUUUCGAUGAACUAAAUCAAGAUGCCCCAAUGUUGCACCGCACACGUUAUGUGACAUCCCUUCAUCGCCCUGCCCACAUGCGCCCAUCCAUGUCUUUGCAGUACGCCGUCUUGGCUCUGGCCGCAGCAACGCGACAGGAAUUCGCACACCUUGCAAUGCCGUUCUAUCAGCGGUCUAGGCGGUAUGCCGAGGCAGAUGAGAUGAAGAAUAUUUUACCACCAUUGCCCAUACGCAAUGCUGGUGUUUGCUCGCGGUCUAUGAAUCCCAUCAACUCCUCUUCUCUCGCGCCUCUUCCAAAGCAACCAACGGACCCUCCGCUCCCUCCACCGGGAGACCAUUUUGAGGUUGAAGAGCGGAGGAGAACCUGGUGGGCCAUUUUCUGCUCCGAUCGCUUCGUGAGUGGCAUCACAGGUUGGCCCGCUCUAGUCAAUGAGAAGGAUAUUGAAACCCGAUUGCCUGCCUCUGACGAUGCCUUCGACAUGGGAACCAAUGAAGCAACGCCCUGGCUCAUGGAUGCCCUUCAAGGGGUCACUCUCUAUUCUCCCUUCGCCGGCAAGGUGCUUACUGCCCAUACGUUCCACAGAACCCUAGAGCACACAUUCCGGUCCUUCCCAAAUGAUGGGGUCGAGGACAUUGUAAAUGGCCCAUACUGGAUUCGACACCGAGGGAUUGACGCCGACCUAUCUAAUAUGAUUUUGUACCUCCCAGAAAACCUGCGCCUCCCGCAGUGCGGAUGGAAGCGGAAUGCCAUCGUCGUCAACGUAGGUAUCCACACCUCCGUUAUAUGCAUACACAGAGCGGCGCUGGCAAAGAUAAGAGAGUUCGGCCUCCCCGCAGACUUGUUUGCAAACAGCAGGCUUCGGUUGCUACCCUCGGCAGAGCAAAUACUGAACGCUUUCAAGUCGGCUGGUGACGUGAAGGGCGCUAUGACUGAUCAUUUCUUGGUAUUUUCGGCGUAUCUUGCAUCCCUGAUCUUUCUAGAAGACUACAUGGUAGCCAAAAGUCCGAAGAGCGAGCAAAAUCUCCAACAUAUCCUCAAUGCAAUUGCUCAAGCUGGCGAGAAUGACCUGUUCUCACGCUCGUUAGCAAUUCAGCUUGCUUCAGGGAUGAGGCACGUCGGAAUGGACUCGAGAACUUUAGAUAGAGUACAAAAGCUUCCGCCAACACCAGUGUCAAUACCCAUUCUCGCCAAACAAGACAAGACCUCGUUGCACAUCACUUUCUGUUCAAUUCUGCCUACCAAGACAGACGACUAA